ACACCACCUUCACUCCAGUGGGUGGCAGUAACGCCCUAUGUGUUUACCUGCCAACCACCAUUCACACAGAGGAACUAGCCGGUGUUUGAGAGCUGUCUGAUAAACACAGCUCCUCUGCUCCUCCGGGUGGCUCUUAGCUUUAUAUCCACUAAAGAAAUGACUUCCUACUGCAAACGUUCUCCAGCCCCUAGUGUCCACUUCCACAGGAGAUGGUAGAGGAAAACGUUUGAGAAUCAGAAACCUUUGUGAGCAGCCAGCAGCUCUGGUACUCGGCAAACAGCAGCUGAUACUCUCUACGCUAACACAUCUCACAGAAAAAUGCAGAAAAAUACCUGCGAAGAGAGAAAUCGCCAGUGUGAAGAGACUUUUAUUGAUCAAUAUAACCUCCAAAGACACCAGCGCAUUUACACAGAGAAACCGCAUCAUUGCUCAAAGUGUAAAAAAAGUUUUAAACGAAAGACUCAUCUCCGAGUGCACGAGCUCAUUCACACAGGAGAGAAACCAUAUCAAUGCUUUGAGUGUGGGAGGCAUUUUAAUCGAAAGAAUAAUCUCCAAACACACCAGCGCAUUCACACAGGAGAGAAACCGUAUCAGUGCUCCGAGUGUGGGAAGAGUUUUAACCGAAAGAGUAAUCUCCAACUACACCAACACAUUCACACAAGAGAGAAGCCGUACCGGUGUUCAGAAUGUGGGAAAUGCUUUACUGCACAGAGUAAUCUACUCGCACACCGACGCAUUCACACAGGAAAGAAGCUGCAUCACUGCACAGAAUGUGGGAUGAGCUUUAAUCAGAAGGCGCAUCUCCGAUCACACCAGCGCAUUCACACAGGAGAGAAGCCAUAUCAGUGCUCAGAGUGCGGGAAAUGCUUUACUGCACAGAGUAAUCUCCAAGUGCAUGGACGCGUUCACACUGGAGAGAAGCCAUAUCAAUGUUUAGACUGUGGGAAGAGGUUUUCUGUACGGAGUAAUCUCCAUGUACACCAGCGCAUUCACACAGGGGAGAGACCCUAUUACUGCACAGAGUGUGGAAUGAAUUUCACUCUACAGAACAGUCUACAAAUACACCACCGCAUUCACACAGGAGAGAGACCGUACCACUGCUCGGACUGCGGAAAGAGUUUUUCACAGAGAUCAGUCUUUAUUAUACACCAGCGCAUUCACACAGGAGAGAAACCGUAUCACUGUUCUGAGUGUGGAAAGAGCUUUAGUGUGCAUUCAAGCCUUCAGCUACACCAGCGCAUUCACACAGGGGAAAAACCGUAUCAGUGCUCUGAAUGUGGGAUGAGUUUCAAUCAGAAAAGUAAUCUCAAAUCACAUCAGCGCAUUCACACAGGAGAGAAACCGUAUCACUGUUCUGAGUGUGGGAUGAGUUUCAAUCAGAAAAGUAAUCUCAAAUCACAUCAGCGCAUUCACACAGGAGAGAAACCGUAUCACUGUUCUGAGUGUGGAAAGAGUUUUAGUGUGCGUUCUUCCUUUCAGACACACCAGCGCAUUCACACAGGGGUAAAACCUUAUCAGUGCUCUGAGUGUGGGAUGAGUUUUUAUGACAAAAGUAAUCUCAAAUCACAUCAGCGCAUUCACACAGGAGAGAAACCGUAUCACUGCUCUGAGUGUGGGAUGAGUUUUAAUCAAAAAAGUUCUCUCCAGAACCACCAGCGCAUUCACACAGGAGUGAAACUGUAUCAGUGCUCAGAGUGUGGAAUGAGUUUUAAUCGAAAAAGUGAACUCCAGUCACAUCAGCGCAUUCACACAGGAGAGAAACCAUUCCAGUGCUGUGAGUGUGGGAUGAGUUUUAAUCAAAAGAGUUCUCUACAGACACACCAACGCAUUCACACAGGAGUGAAACCGUAUCAGUGCUCAGAGUGUGAAAAAUGCUUUACUACACAGACUCAGCUCCAUGUACACCAGCGCAUUCACACAGGAGAGAAACCCUAUCACUGUUUUGAGUGUGGAAAGAGCUUUAAUGUGUGUUCUUCCUUUCAGACACACCAGCGCAUUCAUACAGGAGAGAAACCUUUUCAGUGCUCUGAGUGUGGGAAGUGUUUUAAUCAAAAAGGUUCUCUACAGACACACCAGCACAUUCAUACAGGAGAGAAACCUUUUCAGUGCUCUGAGUGUGGGAAGUGUUUUAAUCAAAAAGGUUCUCUACAGACACACCAGCACAUUCAUACAGGAGAGAAACCUUUUCAGUGCUCUGAGUGUGGGAAGUGUUUUAAUCAAAAAGGUUCUCUACAGACACACCAGCGCAUUCAUACAGGAGAGAAACCUUUUCAGUGCUCAGAGUGUGGGAAGUGUUUUAAUCAAAAAGGUUCUCUACAGACACACCAGCGCAUUCAUACAGGAGAGAAACCAUAUCCAUGCUCUGAAUGUGGCAACUUUACUGUGCGUUCUUCCCUUCAGAAACACCUGCACAUUCACACAGGGGAAAAACCUUAUCAGUGCUCUGAGUGUGGGAUGAGUUUUUCUCACAAAAGUAAUCUCAAAUCACAUCAACGCAUUCACACAGGAGAGAAACCGUAUCACUGCUCUGAGUGUGGGAUGAGUUUUAAUCAAAGGAGUUCUCUCCAGAACCACCGGCGCAUUCACACAGGAGAGAAACUGUAUCAGUGCUCAGAGUGUGGAAUGAGUUUUAAUCGAAAAAGUGAACUCCAGUCACAUCAGCGCAUUCACACAGGAGAGAAACCAUUCCAGUGCUGUGAGUGUGGGAUGAGUUUUAAUCAAAAGAGUUCUCUACAGACACACCAACGCAUUCACACAGGAGUGAAACCGUAUCAGUGCUCAGAGUGUGAAAAAUGCUUUACUACACAGGUUCAGCUCCAUGUGCACCAACGCAUUCACACAGGAGAGAAACCUUUUCAGUGCUCAGAGUGUGGGAAGUGUUUUAAUCAAAAAGGUUAUCUACCAGCACACCAACGCAUUCAUACAGGAGUGAAACCGUAUCAGUGCUCAGAGUGUGGGAAGUGUUUUAAUCAAAAGAGUUCUCUACAGACACACCAACGCAUUCACACAGGAGUGAAACCGUAUCAGUGCUCAGAGUGUGAAAAAUGCUUUACUACACAGGCUCAGCUCCAUGUACACCAGCGCAUUCACACAGGAGAGAAACCUUUUCAGUGCUCAGAGUGUGGGAAGUGUUUUAAUCAUUCUUACCUUCAGAAACACCAGCGCAUUCACACAGGGGACAAACCGUAUCACUGUUCUGAGUGUGGAAAGAGCUUUAGUGUGCGUUCUUCCUUUCAGACACACCAGCGCAUUCACACAGGGGAAAAACCUUAUCAGUGCUCUGAGUGUGGGAUGAGUUUUUCUCACAAAAGUUGUCUCAACUCACACCAGCGCAUUCACACAGGAGAGAAACCAUUCCACUGCUCUGAGUGUGGGAUGAGUUUUAAUCAAAAAAGUAGUCUCAAAUCACAUCAGCGCAUUCACACAGGAGAGAAACCAUUCCACUGCUCUGAGUGUGGGAUGAGUUUUAAUCAAAAAAGUAGUCUCAAAUCACAUCAGCGCAUUCACACAGGAGAGAAACCAUAUCACUGUUCUGAGUGUGGAAAGAGUUUUAGUGUGCGUUCUUCCUUUAAGACACAUCAGCGCAUUCACACCGGGGAAAAACCUUAUCAGUGCUCUGAGUGUGGGAUGAGUUUUUCUCACAAAAGUUGUCUCAACUCACACCAGCGCAUUCACACAGGAGAGAAACCAUUCUACUGCUCUGAAUGUGGGAUGAGUUUUAAUCAAAAAAGUAAUCUCAAAUCACAUCAACGCAUUCACACAGGAGAGAAACCAUUCCACUGCUCUGAGUGUGGGAUGAGUUUUAAUCAAAAGGGUUCUCUCCAGAACCACCAGCGCAUUCACACAGGAGAGAAACCGUAUCAGUGCUCAGAGUGUGAAAAAUGCUUUACUACACAGACUCAGCUCCAUGUACACAAGCGCAUUCACACAGGAGAGAAACCGUAUCACUGUUCUGAGUGUGGAAAGAGCUUUAGUGUGCGUUCAAGGCUUCAGAUACACCAGCGCAUUCACACAGGCGAAAAACCGUUUCAGUGCUCUGAAUGUGGGAUGAGUUUCAAUCAGAAAAGUAAUCUCAUAUCACAUCGACUCAUUCACACAGGAGAGAAACCGUAUCACUGUUCUGAGUGUGGAAAGAGCUUUAGUGUGCGUUCUUCCUUUCAGAGACACCAGCGCAUUCACACAGGGGAAAAACCUUAUCAGUGCUCUGGGUGUGGGAUGAGUUUUUCUGACAAAAGUAAUCUCAAAUCACAUCAACGCAUUCACACAGGAGAGAAACCAUUUUACUGCUCUGAAUGUGGGAUGAGUUUUAAUCAAAAAAGUAGUAUCAAAUCACAUCAGCGCAUUCACACAGGAGAGAAACCAUUCCACUGCUCUGAGUGUGGGAUGAGUUUUAAUCAAAAAAGUAGUCUCAAAUCACAUCAGCGCAUUCACACAGGAGAGAAACCGUAUCACUGUUCUGAGUGUGGAAAGAGCUUUAGUGUGCGUUCUUCCUUUAAGACACAUCAGCGCAUUCACACCGGGGAAAAACCUUAUCAGUGCUCUGAGUGUGGGAUGAGUUUUUCUCACAAAAGUUGUCUCAACUCACACCAGCACAUUCACACAGGAGAGAAACCAUUCUACUGCUCUGAAUGUGGGAUGAGUUUUAAUCAAAAAAGUAAUCUCAAAUCACAUCAACGCAUUCACACAGGAGAGAAACCAUUCCACUGCUCUGAGUGUGGGAUGAGUUUUAAUCAAAAGGGUUCUCUCCAGAACCACCAGCGCAUUCACACAGGAGAGAAACCGUAUCAGUGCUCAGAGUGUGAAAAAUGCUUUACUACACAGACUCAGCUCCAUGUACACCAGCGCAUUCACACAGGAGAGAAACCGUAUCACUGUUCUGAGUGUGGAAAGAGCUUUAAUGUGUGUUCUUCCUUUCAGAUACAUCAGCGCAUUCACACAGGAGAGAAAUCAUUCCAGUGCUGUGAGUGUGGGAAGUGUUUUAAUCAAAAGAGUUCUCUACAGAGACACCAGCGCAUUCAUACAGGAGUGAAACCGUAUCAGUGCUCAGAGUGUGAAAAAUGCUUUAAUACACAGACUCAGCUUCAUUUGCACCAACGCAUUCACACAGGAGAGAAACCGUAUUGCUGUUCUGAAUGUGGCAAGUCUUUCACUGACUUUACUGUGCGUUCUUCCCUUCAGAAACACCUGCGCAUUCACACAGGGGACAAACCAUAUCAGUGCUCUGAGUGUGGGAUGAGUUUUAAUCAAAAUAUCUCUCUACAGACCCACAAGCGCAUUCACACAGGAGAGAAACCAUAUCACUGUUCUGAGUGUGGAAAGAGCUUUAGUGUGUGUUCAAGCCUUCAGAUACACCAGCGCAUUCACACAGGAGAGAAACCGUAUCACUGUUCUGAGUGUGGAAAGAGCUUUAGUGUGCGUUCAAGCCUUCAGCUACACCAGCGCAUUCACACAGGUGAAAAACCGUUUCAGUGCUCUGAAUGUGGGAAGAGUUUCAAUCAGAAAAGUAAUCUCAUAUCACAUCAACGCAUUCACACAGGAGAGAAACCGUAUCACUGUUCUGAGUGUGGAAAGAGCUUUAGUGUGCGUUCUUCCUUUCAGAGACACCAGCGCAUUCACACAGGGGAAAAACCUUAUCAGUGCUCUGAGUGUGGGAUGAGUUUUUCUCACAAAAGUAAUCUCAAAUCACAUCAACGCAUUCACACAGGAGAGAAACCGUAUCACUGCUCUGAGUGUGGGAUGAGUUUUAAUCAAAGGAGUUCUCUCCAGAACCACCGGCGCAUUCACACAGGAGAGAAACUGUAUCAGUGCUCAGAGUGUGGAAUGAGUUUUAAUCGAAAAAGUGAACUCCAGUCACAUCAGCGCAUUCACACAGGAGAGAAACCAUUCCAGUGCUGUGAGUGUGGGAUGAGUUUUAAUCAAAAGAGUUCUCUACAGACACACCAACGCAUUCACACAGGAGUGAAACCGUAUCAGUGCUCAGAGUGUGAAAAAUGCUUUACUACACAGGUUCAGCUCCAUGUGCACCAACGCAUUCACACAGGAGAGAAACCUUUUCAGUGCUCAGAGUGUGGGAAGUGUUUUAAUCAAAAAGGUUAUCUACCAGCACACCAACGCAUUCAUACAGGAGUGAAACCGUAUCAGUGCUCAGAGUGUGGGAAGUGUUUUAAUCAAAAGAGUUCUCUACAGACACACCAACGCAUUCACACAGGAGUGAAACCGUAUCAGUGCUCAGAGUGUGAAAAAUGCUUUACUACACAGGCUCAGCUCCAUGUACACCAGCGCAUUCACACAGGAGAGAAACCUUUUCAGAAUCACCACUGCUCUGAGUGUGGAAAGAGCUUUACUCUGCGUUCUUACCUUCAGAAACACCAGCGCAUUCACACAGGGGACAAACCGUAUCACUGUUCUGAGUGUGGAAAGAGCUUUAGUGUGCGUUCUUCCUUUCAGACACACCAGCGCAUUCACACAGGGGAAAAACCUUAUCAGUGCUCUGAGUGUGGGAUGAGUUUUUCUCACAAAAGUUGUCUCAACUCACACCAGCGCAUUCACACAGGAGAGAAACCAUUCCACUGCUCUGAGUGUGGGAUGAGUUUUAAUCAAAAAAGUAGUCUCAAAUCACAUCAGCGCAUUCACACAGGAGAGAAACCAUUCCACUGCUCUGAGUGUGGGAUGAGUUUUAAUCAAAAAAGUAGUCUCAAAUCACAUCAGCGCAUUCACACAGGAGAGAAACCAUAUCACUGUUCUGAGUGUGGAAAGAGUUUUAGUGUGCGUUCUUCCUUUAAGACACAUCAGCGCAUUCACACCGGGGAAAAACCUUAUCAGUGCUCUGAGUGUGGGAUGAGUUUUUCUCACAAAAGUUGUCUCAACUCACACCAGCGCAUUCACACAGGAGAGAAACCAUUCUACUGCUCUGAAUGUGGGAUGAGUUUUAAUCAAAAAAGUAAUCUCAAAUCACAUCAACGCAUUCACACAGGAGAGAAACCAUUCCACUGCUCUGAGUGUGGGAUGAGUUUUAAUCAAAAGGGUUCUCUCCAGAACCACCAGCGCAUUCACACAGGAGAGAAACCGUAUCAGUGCUCAGAGUGUGAAAAAUGCUUUACUACACAGACUCAGCUCCAUGUACACAAGCGCAUUCACACAGGAGAGAAACCGUAUCACUGUUCUGAGUGUGGAAAGAGCUUUAGUGUGCGUUCAAGGCUUCAGAUACACCAGCGCAUUCACACAGGCGAAAAACCGUUUCAGUGCUCUGAAUGUGGGAUGAGUUUCAAUCAGAAAAGUAAUCUCAUAUCACAUCGACUCAUUCACACAGGAGAGAAACCGUAUCACUGUUCUGAGUGUGGAAAGAGCUUUAGUGUGCGUUCUUCCUUUCAGAGACACCAGCGCAUUCACACAGGGGAAAAACCUUAUCAGUGCUCUGGGUGUGGGAUGAGUUUUUCUGACAAAAGUAAUCUCAAAUCACAUCAACGCAUUCACACAGGAGAGAAACCAUUUUACUGCUCUGAAUGUGGGAUGAGUUUUAAUCAAAAAAGUAGUCUCAAAUCACAUCAGCGCAUUCACACAGGAGAGAAACCAUUCCACUGCUCUGAGUGUGGGAUGAGUUUUAAUCAAAAAAGUAGUCUCAAAUCACAUCAGCGCAUUCACACAGGAGAGAAACCGUAUCACUGUUCUGAGUGUGGAAAGAGCUUUAGUGUGCGUUCUUCCUUUAAGACACAUCAGCGCAUUCACACCGGGGAAAAACCUUAUCAGUGCUCUGAGUGUGGGAUGAGUUUUUCUCACAAAAGUUGUCUCAACUCACACCAGCACAUUCACACAGGAGAGAAACCAUUCUACUGCUCUGAAUGUGGGAUGAGUUUUAAUCAAAAAAGUAAUCUCAAAUCACAUCAACGCAUUCACACAGGAGAGAAACCAUUCCACUGCUCUGAGUGUGGGAUGAGUUUUAAUCAAAAGGGUUCUCUCCAGAACCACCAGCGCAUUCACACAGGAGAGAAACCGUAUCAGUGCUCAGAGUGUGAAAAAUGCUUUACUACACAGACUCAGCUCCAUGUACACCAGCGCAUUCACACAGGAGAGAAACCGUAUCACUGUUCUGAGUGUGGAAAGAGCUUUAAUGUGUGUUCUUCCUUUCAGAUACAUCAGCGCAUUCACACAGGAGAGAAAUCAUUCCAGUGCUGUGAGUGUGGGAAGUGUUUUAAUCAAAAGAGUUCUCUACAGAGACACCAGCGCAUUCAUACAGGAGUGAAACCGUAUCAGUGCUCAGAGUGUGAAAAAUGCUUUAAUACACAGACUCAGCUUCAUUUGCACCAACGCAUUCACACAGGAGAGAAACCGUAUUGCUGUUCUGAAUGUGGCAAGUCUUUCACUGAGCAUCUCAGUCUACAAAAACACCAGCGUACUCACACAGGAAAGAAAGCUGGACAGGGGAAUCACCACUGCUCUGAGUGUGGAAAGAGCUUUACUCUGCGUUCUUACCUUCAGAAACACCAGCGCAUUCACAAAGGAGAGAAACCGUAUCCCUGUUCUGAGUGUGGAAAGAGCUUUACUCUGCGUUCUUACCUUCAGAAACACCAGCGCAUUCACAAAGGAGAGAAACCGUAUCACUGUUCUGAGUGUGGAAAGAGCUUUAGUGUGAGUUCUUCCCUUCAAAAACACCAACGCAUUCACACAGGGGACAAACCGUAUCACUGUUCUGAGUGUGGAAAGAGCUUUAGUGUGCGUUCAAGGCUUCAGAUACACCAGCGCAUUCACACAGGCGAAAAACCGUUUCAUUGCUCUGAAUGUGGGAUGAGUUUCAAUCAGAAAAGUAAUCUCAUAUCACAUCAGCGCAUUCACACAGGAGAGAAACCGUAUCACUGUUCUGUGUGUGGAAAGUGCUUUAGUGUGUGUUCUUCCUUUCAGACACACCAGCGCAAUCACACAGGGGAAAAACCUUAUCAGUGCUCUGACUGUGGGAUGGGUUUUUCUCACAAAAGUAAUCUCAUAUCACAUCAGCGCAUUCACACAGGAGAGAAACCAUUUUACUGCUCUGAAUGUGGGAUGAGUUUUAAUCAGAAAAGUAAUCUCAAAUCACAUCAGCGCAUUCACACAGGAGAGAAACCGUAUCACUGUUAUGAGUGUGGAAAGAGUUUUAGUGUGCGUUCUUCCUUUAAGACACACCAGCGCAUUCACACAGGGGAAAAACCUUAUCAGUGCUCUGAGUGUGGGAUGAGUUUUUCUCGCAAAAGUUGUCUCAAAUCACAUCAGCGCAUUCACACAGGAGAGAAACCAUUCCACUGCUCUGAGUGUGGGAUGAGUUUUAAUAAAAAAAGUAAUAUGAAAUCACAUCAACGCAUUCACACAGGAGAGAAACCAUUCCACUGCUCUGAGUGUGGAAUGAGUUUUAAUCAAAAGGGUUCUCUCCAGAACCACCAGCGCAUUCACACAGGAGAGAAACCUUUUCAGUGCUCAGAGUGUGGGAAGUGUUUUAAUCAUAAAGGUUAUCUACCAGCACACCAGCGCAUUCAUACAGGAGUGAAACCGUAUCAGUGCUCAGAGUGUGGGAAGUGUUUUAAUCAAAAGAGUUCUCUACAGAGACACCAACGCAUUCACACAGGAGUGAAACCGUAUCAGUGUUCAGAGUGUGAAAAAUGCUUUACUACACAGACUCAGCUCCAUGUACACCAGCGCAUUCACACAGGAGAGAAACCAUAUUCCUGUUCUGAAUGUGGCAAGGCCUUUACUCUGCGUUCUUCCCUUCAGAAACACCAGCGCAUUCACACAGGAGAGAAACCGUAUCACUGUUCUGAGUGUGGAAAGAGCUUUAGUGUGCGUUCUUCCCUUCAGAUACACCAGCGCAUUCACACAGGGGACAAACCUUAUCAGUGCUCUGAGUGUGGGAUGAGUUUUAAUCAUAAAAUCUCUCUACAGACCCACAAGCACAUUCACACAGGAGAGAAACCGUAUCCCUGUUCUGAGUGUGGAAAGAGCUUUACUGUGCGUUCUUCCCUUCAUAUACACCAGCGCAUUCACACAGGAGAGAAACCGUAUCACUGUUCUGAGUGUGAAAAGAGCUUUACUGUGCGUUCUUCCCUUCAGAUACACCAGCGCAUUCACACAGGGGACAAACCAUAUCAGUGCUCGGAGUGUGGGAUGAGUUUUAAUUAUAAAAUCUCUCUACAGACCCACAAGCACAUUCACACAGGAGGGAAACCGUAUCCCUGUUCUGAGUGUGAAAAGAGCUUUACUGUGCGUUCCUCCCUUCAGAUACACCAGCGCAUUCACACAGGAGAGAAACCGUAUCAAUGUUCUGAGUGUGGAAAGAGCUUUAGGGUGCGUUCAAGCCUUCAGCUACACCAGCGCGUUCACACAGGAGAGAAACCAUUCCACUGCUCUGAGUGUGGGAUGAGUUUUUCUCUCAAAAGUAAUCUCAAAUCACAUCAGCGCAUUCACACAGGAGAGAAACCUUAUCAGUGCUCUGAGUGUGGGAUGAGUUUUAAUCAUAAUAGCUCUCUACAGACCCACAAGCACAUUCACACAGGAAAGAAACCGUAUCCCUGUUCUGAGUGUGGAAAGAGCUUUACUGUGCGUUCUUCCCUUCAGUUACACCAGCGCAUUCACACAGGAGAGAAACCGUAUCACUGUUCUGAGUGUGGAAAGAGCUUUACUGUGCGUUCUUCCCUUCAGAUACACCAGCGCAUUCACACAGGGGACAAACCUUAUCAGUGCUCUGACUGUGGGAUGAGUUUUAAUCAUAAUAGCUCUCUACAGACCCACAAGCACAUUCACACAGGAGGGAAACCGUAUCCCUGUUCUGAGUGUGAAAAGAGCUUUACUGUGCGUUCCUCCCUUCAGAUACACCAGCGCAUUCACACAGGAGAGAAACCGUAUCACUGUUCUGAGUGUGGAAAGAGCUUUAGGGUGCGUUCAAGCCUUCAGAAACACCAGCGAAUUCACACAGGAGAGAAACCGUAUCACUGUUCUGAGUGUGGGAUGAGUUUUUCUCUCAAAAGUAAUCUCAAAUCACAUCAGCGCAUUCACACAGGAGAGAAACCUUUUCAGUGCUCAGAGUGUGGGAUGAGUUUUUCUCACAAAAGUUAUCUCAAAUCACAUCAGCGCAUUCACACAGGAGAGAAACCUUUUCAGUGUUCUGAGUGUGGGAUGAGUUUUAAUCAAAAGAGUUCUCUACAGACACACCAGCGCAUUCAUACAGGAGUGAAACCGUAUCAGUGCUCAGAGUGUGAAAAAUGCUUUACUACACGGACUCGGCUCCAUGCGCACCAGCGCAUUCACACAGGAGAGAAACCGUAUUGCUGUUCUGAAUGUGGCAAAUCUUUCACUGAGCAUCGCAGUCUACAAAAACAUCAGCGUACGCACACAGGAAAGAAAGUUGGACAGGGGUAGAUGGGUUCAGAUAUCUACACUGGACUUCAGCCUCCUUAAACCCCACUGAAGCAGAUAAACCAGCAAGGCCAGAAGCGCUAGUAGACUCUCUUCUUGAUGGAUUGGGUUUGAAUAAAUUUGACAGGACAGUUUGCUGUUGUGAAUUAAAAUUUAUUUCAUUGCUUUAUAAUAUUAUUCAUUGCUGUGUAAUCCCAUUUCCAAACAUGUUUGCUGUGCAAAAUGCAAAUCAUUUAAACUAUUUCAUUUAAAAAAGUACAAAGACACCAUAUUAAAUGUUGAAAUUGAUAAAUGUGUGCUCUAGGCUAAAGACCACUCAGCUUGUUAUCACUGCACUGUUUAAAAGUCAGAAUUCAUGAUGGUACAGGGGGGCAUUGCACGUGAUCUCUGUGAAGGCACCAUUAAUACUGAAUGAUAUAUACACAUUUGACAACACACGUGGCCAUCCAGACGACAUAUUUUUCAGGGAAAGGCCCUGAUUAUUUCAGCAAGACAAUGUCAAACCACAUUCUGCAUGUAUUACAACAGCAUUCAAUGGGUGCUAAACUGAACUGCCUGCAAGAAGAGGUGAUGAAACACAGUGGUUUACAUGAUUUGCAAAUCAGUGCAUUAAAUUUUUCAUAUUCUUCACAGAGUCCCAAGUUUUUUGUAAAUUUGUUUGUACUUCUCUAAUGCACUGUACCCUUUGAAAUACCUUUGGAAAUGAUUUUUUUAUUCCAGUAUCUAAAUUUAUGUAGUAGCAAAUAAAUCUUUAACAUGGCAAAGGCAAGUGCUGUUCGUAUUGAUACACUGAAAAUGCAGUUGUAAUUUGAUAUUUUGAUUAUUUGAAAUAUAUUUAGUGUGAACACUGUCUUGCUGCAUAUGUAAAUGGUUCAAUUAAAGUCCAGUUCAAUUAAA